AUGAACCGCGGAGCCAGAACAUUAAAGGACCCGAGUCCAAGUACAUUUGCGCGAAUCAUCAUCGGUACUCUUGACAUAGCUGUAACUGAACAAGCAAAGAUAGGAAAACAACCCCGCUUACGAUACCUGCUUAGAGUUCCGAAAGACUUAGCGGUUCAGGAUUCCGCCCCUCUCGACCGCCGGAUGGCUGACGUACGGGAUGCGGAAAAUGUGUAUGGAGAUGGAGGGUCGUCUUCAUUGACGGAUGUCAAAAUCAACCCGGAUCAUGAGAGUAAUGUGAUGAUUGAUAGGGAUAGUCCAGUACCUAGGAAAAAGUCGAGGAGCGGUAGAGAUGCUGCUGCAAAAACCAGAAGGUGCGUUUCUACCGCGUGCGUGGCGUGUAGAAAACGCAAAUCUAAAUGCGAUGGGAAUAUACCAAGUUGCGCAGCUUGCUCAAGUGUAUAUGGGACUGAAUGUGUAUACGAUCCCUUGUCGGACCAUAGAAGGAAAGGUGUAUACAAAGAAAAGAUCGAUAGUCUCAAGACACGAAGUUCCACUUUACAAACAUUGAUACAAGCGAUAUUGAAUGCCGCCGAAGAUGAUGUACCAAACCUUGUACGACAGAUCCGGACGUGUGAAAGCUUGGAUGAUGUAGCGGAUAAUAUUUUGAAUCAAGCGCAAGGACUCGAAGAUGAUGAUAUGGAGGAUAACAUGGCAUAUACCAAAACUAAUUUACCGACUUUUGAGACUCAGUUAUCGGGGAAGAUGGGUGAAUUGAGGUUGGAAAACGGUUCGGUGAGAUUUUUGGGUGGCACCUCCAAUCUUAUAUAUCUCCCCCCGACGGAUGUAGAUGAUGGGGAUGCGUUAGAAACGACUCAACAACAGGACGAGCCUCUUUUGAGCUGGACGACAGUUACUCAAGACACAGAGGUUAUCGUUCAUUUGAUAAACAUGUAUUUCACAUGGCAUUAUCCAUAUUUCACGACCCUAUCGAAGACGCUUUUUUAUCAAGACUUUUUACUUGGAAAACCUCCAGGUAAUCCGAAAAGGACCAUGUACUGCUCAUCGUUAUUGGUUAGUACGAUUUAUGCUCCUAUUCCUAUCAUGUUCUCACUAUUUCAGGUCAAUGCUAUGCUGGCUUUGGGGUGUCAUUUUACGAAUUCUCCUAAAGCUUGUGCUGAUCCAACUGAUCCCACCACUAAAGGUGAUGCGUUCUUUGCGGAAGCCAAACGAUUGAUUGUUGAAAAUGACGAGUACGAAAAGCCGAAGUUGACUACGAUACAAGCACUUUGCCUGAUGUCAGUUCGUGAAGCUGGCGCAGGACGUGAAGGAAAAGGUUGGGUUUAUUCUGGUAUGGCAUUUCGAAUGGCUCAAGAUAUGGGUCUUAAUCUGGACUCCGGGAUCAACAAAAACAACUCGGACAAUCCAAAGGACUGUCUCAUAGAUGAAAAGGAGAUCGAUGUUCGUUUAGUCACGUUCUGGGGCUGUUUUCUAUUCGAUAAGUGUUGGUCGAAUUAUCUAGGUCGAUUGCCACAACUGCCAGUAUCUAACAUCACGGUACCCAAGUAUGAUGUAUUUCUGGACGAAGACUCCAGUAUUUGGUCACCCUAUACAGAUAAUGGAAUAGGUCAAUUACAUUCUCAGCCAUCAAGGACAAGAGCUGUAGCUUUACAGAUUUCGAGUCUUUGUGAGAUUAGUAGUGAUCUUCUUACCUUUUUCUACCAUCCACAACACGUGGAAAGGGGUGUUGGAAGAUCUCAGGAGCUAAAAAAGCUUAGCGAGUUACAAACAAGACUCGAGGCUUGGAGGAGAGAUUUACCCAAGGAAUUUGAACCAAAGGAAGGACAAUUACCUAAUGUCCUCCUCAUGCACAUGUUCUUUCAUCUUUUAUAUAUCCACCUAUUCCGGCCAUUCCUCAAAUACAAUCCAAGCACAUCGCCCUUACCGACACACGUAUCCCCUCGAAAACUUUGCACACAAGCUGCUGGUUCAAUAUCCAAGCUAAUGCGUCUGUACAAACGUAUAUAUGGACUUCGACAAAUUUGCAAUAUCGCAGUUUAUAUUGUUCACUCUGCUUGUACAAUUCACCUACUGAGUCUUCCCGAAAAGACCUCGAAGAGAGAUAUAAUUCACGGAGUCAAGCAUCUCGAAGAAAUAGCCGAGGAUUGGCUCUGCGCUCGUCGAACUUUAAGUAUACUCAGCGUACUGGCUCGGAAGUGGAAUAUCGAUCUUCCCCCCGAAGCCUCCGCUGUAUUCUCUCGGACGGAUAGCAGAUUCGGUACUUUCAGCACCGCAGAUCUGCCAUCGCCAAAAGCAGAACUAAUAGUGACUACACCAUCAUCAACAUCGUCACCCAUCAAUUUUCAGGCAGUUCCUCAUUCUCAACCACUCAUAAGAGGCCAAAGCCAGUUACAACAGAGUCUAUAUAGCUAUCCUAUCGACACGAAAUCUCCACUUACAAAUAGCUUGAUGCACGAUAUGUCACCGCAGUCUUCACUAAAUGGGCCACAACCCGAUCAUUCAGAUCCUAUUACAUACCCUAUUAACGCCAGCGGAAUAACAACAUCGAAUCCCCUUCACAUGUCACCCGUCUCUGCAUAUCCAAUGUAUGCCAACCCAGCUCAAUCCUUCAGUCCCAGUAUCACAAACGCUCCUAACACGAGCAGCAAUAGCCCCCUGGUUAGUGUAAACAGACAAGUUAGUCCGAGCACGUUGUUUGGGGGCGUGGAGCAGUUGGUACAGAGCCAGGAUUGGUGGUUGAGGGAUCAAGCGAAUUUGGUGAUGGGCUUUGGAAAUUGGAUCGGUGGCGGUUACAAUGUUGGUGGUCAUGGGCAUGGACAUAGUCAUAGCCAUAGUCUGAGUGGUGAUUUGGGUGCUGGGUCGGGAGAUCCGUUUUAUCACAAUUCAAAUUCAAACCCAAAUGCUGGGAAUGGCAACGAUAAUGGUAAUGAGGGUGCAGGGGGUACUAAUAGUGGAUUUGGGGACGAUGGGUGGUUUUCGUGA